AAACGUACCGGUCAUGUGCUUGUAACACUGCUUUUAAGAGCAAGUUUCACCAGUCUUACUCAUAAUUAUCUGCGAAUAUCGGUUGUCCAAGUAAUCGAAAUUGUGAAUCCAAAAUGUUGACUGAAAAGAAAAAAGCGAUUGAAGCCCUCACACGUGGCCUCGUUCUGACAAAUGAUCAGCUUGAGAAAGUGUCUUCUCUCCUUCUUCAUGAAUUUAAUUGUGGCUUGGCAAAGGAAACACAUCAGAAGGCAUCUGUUAAGAUGUAUCCAACCUUCGUUCAAGACGUUCCAAACGGUUUAGAACAAGGCAAGUUUCUAGCUUUGGAUCUUGGUGGAACUAACUUCCGUGUGUUGUUGAUUGACAUUGAGGGAGACAAGUUCCAUAUGGACAAUGUUAUUUACCCUAUUCCACAGAGAAUUAUGCUGGGCACUGGUAAACAGCUGUUUGAUCACAUUGCCGACUGUCUGGCUAACUUCAUGGAGAAAGAGGCGGUGAAAGGGAAGACACUUCCUCUGGGAUUUACGUUCAGUUUCCCCUGUAAGCAAGAAGGCUUAACUAAAGCUCGGCUGGUCACGUGGACUAAAGGAUUUAGAUGUGCUGGUGUAGAAGGCGAGGAUGUUGUCCAACUCCUGCGAGAAGCACUUCUAAGAAAGAAAAUAAACAUCGACGUUGUCGCUGUGGUGAAUGACACAACUGGAACGCUUAUGUCGUGUGCUCACAAAAACAGAGAAUGUCGUAUCGGCGUCAUUGUUGGUACUGGUACUAAUGCAUGUUACAUGGAGAAAACAGAAAACGUUGAGACGUGGGAAGGAGAUCAAAAUGAUUCAAAGCAAGUUAUUAUCAACACCGAAUGGGGCGCUUUUGGUGAUAAUGGAUGUUUGGAUUUCUUGUGCACGCGCUAUGACAGGGAAGUGGAUGAAGCCUCUUUGAACACUGGCAAGCAAAUCUUCGAGAAGAUGAUAUCUGGCAUGUACAUGGGUGAACUGGUUCGCCGCGUUUUGGUUCAUUUGGUGCAAGAAGGACUGUUGUUCAGUGGAAAGUGUUCUGUAAAACUGAAAGAAGCCAAUGCAUUUAAAACCAAAUACGUGUCAAUGAUUGAGAGCGACGGGAAAUAUACCUACGACAAUGCUCGCAGAGUGUUAGCUGAGCUGGAUGUUUUCAACGCUACACCAGACGACCUGGAGAAUGUAAAGCUCGUUUGUUCUCGGGUUUCCACUAGAGCAGCAUUUCUUGUUUCUGCAGCUAUCUCGUGUAUUUUGAAUCGAAUAAAACGCCCUCACACAACAGUAGGUGUAGAUGGUUCUGUGUACAGAUAUCAUCCUUACUUCCACGGUUUGAUGGAGAGAAAAAUCUCUGAGCUCACAGCACCUGACUACAAGUUCGAUCUGAUGUUAUCUGAAGAUGGAAGUGGCCGUGGCGCUGCCCUGGUGGCAGCUGUUGCUGUACAAAACAGCCAGUAGAGAAGAACAAUUAAUUUUAAUGAGUGUACAGGCGAGCAAACAAUGUAAAUAUUUAGCAUUACAGAUCUUCCAUUGUCAUGUCUACGUAUGAACCAAAAGAAAGACAUACGAAUUCAACUGAAGAGCCAAAUCGACCAAUACAGUUUACAUUUUUUUCGUUCAUAAAUCAGUCAGUUUGAAGUAGGUUCAUCAAGCUUCUUAUUGAAGCAACUGGAAGAAUUUAUUUUUUAUUUAUUAGAGAACUUAAGGGAAUUUGCAAUAAGAGUUCAUCUGCACAGUGUGUAAAUGAAGUAGCCUGUUUUUCCUGAAAAGUUGGUUGUUUUCUAAGAAAGCUUAUUUAUUUUUGUUAAACAUUAUUAAUUUUAGUGUUUUAUAUAUCAAGUAUUUUACGUUUUUUCUUGUAAUAGUCUCAUAUUUAAGAAUCUACGUUUAAUCCAGAUUUUUAGGAGCAUGCCUUUUCAUUGAAUGUGUUCAGUUUUGUUUUUUUUUUACUUCUGAAACUUUUGAAUGUAUUUACUUUUCAAACUUUGCGAUCACUAGUGAUGUUUGUGAUCUUUUAAUGUACAUAGAAAGAGGUUUUAUUUCUUGAAAAUUAAAUUAUAUUUUAAACAAUCCUUCUCAAAAAGAAAGAGAUUUAUAGAUUAUUAAAUAUGUACUCAUUUCUUUAUAAGGUGGAUAGUUUUUAAGAAAUACAACCCGCAUAAGAGCACCACGGAAUAAUUUUGUAGUAACUGAAACAACCAUCACACUAGUGGAUUGAUGUGUGGUGCUUGAAACAACCAUCAUAUGAGUGGAUUGUUGUAUGGGGAUUUGAAACAACCAUCACAUGAGUGGAUUGUUGUAUGGGGAUUUGAAACAACCAUCACAUGAGUGGAUUGUUGUAUGGGGGUUUGAAACAACCAUCAUAUGAGUGGAUUGUUGUAUGGGGGUUUGAAACAACCAUCAUAUGAGUGGAUUGUUGUAUGGGGGUUUGAAACAACCAUCAUAUGAGUGGAUUGUUGUAUGGGGGUUUGAAACAACCAUCACAUGAAAGGAUUGAUGUGUGGUGUUUGAAACAACCAUCACAUGAAAGGAUUGAUGUGUGGUGUUUGAAACAACCAUCACAAGAUAGAAGGAAAAAAAGACCAUAGUUCAUGAUCGACUCUUUUUUUUUUUAAGUUCAAGCAAAAUGCUUCUAUCAUAAAAACACCAUUUAUCAAUGGCGUUUACUUUACCAUGUUCUCUUGGCUUUCAAAUGGUAUCUUAGUAUCCAACAUGAAUAAAUUAAAGCCAGUGUUUUAACUAUAGUUUUCUGUAUUUGAACGACCAAACAAUCCCUAAAAUGGUAUUGUAAUAUAGUGUUGCUAUGUACAGUUAAAUAGAAGUUCUCCAGAAACUGUGAUAUCAGAUACGACUGAGUGUGUAUUUUACUGUCACAUGUGUAAUUAUUCCUGGAGAAUAAAUUGUUUGUUUUU